AUGUCGCAAAAUACGGGAAACAAGGGUUCGAAGGAGUCGAAAGUUAGAAGUUCAGACACGAACCGCAAAUAUGCGUUGUUAAUGCACUUCGUACUCGACACGCCCUCUCUCUUGGAACCCGAGGAACUCUGCGAUCCCGAGGGCAACAUCCUCUACAACGACUCACCCGCGAUGCACUAUCUCAAGCUGUCGAAAGUGGUGCCGUUUUGGGAAGAGGAAUGUCCUAAGGAACACCGAACAAAAUGGGGAGCCCGCUGGGCUGCUAUAAAAAAGGGUUUAGGAGAACUCGCAUUUGCGAACCGGACGACCUGUGAACGCUUCAAUUUUAGAGAGAACAAGUUGUUGGAUGUGCUUGACGCAGCGAGGGAAGGUCAUUGGGGAGCUUGUUUCGACGUACCAUUGAAAGCGUCACUUGCGAGAAAAGAAAUGUCUAUUCAGAGUCGUUAUCACCGUUGGGUUAUUAAUCAAACGAAAAAAGCAGGCGGGGAACCCUUGAGAGGUUUUGUCUCUCUGAAUGACUGGAGUACGAUGGCGGACGAUAUUCUUCAAGACAUUUUUGGGGAUGGUGUGAGAGGGGGGGAUGUGACUUGUACUGAGGGGGCGAAGACGUGGUUCACAGGGAACAUACAAACUCUCCUGGAUGCUGCUUCAAAGGAGGUGAUUCGCGCGGAGAAAUCGAUUGUCCGGUGUCAGCGUGAUCUAGAAAACGUUCUUGGCGAGGAUUUUUGGGAGAAGAUGGAGAUUCCUCAAGGUUUUGAUCUCCGUAAAGCGCGGUCUGUGUUCAAGAAGCUGCGUAACUGGAAAGGCCUUCUCUCUUGGCAGGUUCCGAGUCCGAACGAUGAAAAGCGGAGGGCGGAAGACAUCGAUAUCGAGGAUCCAGAUGCAGCGGCGAAAAUCCAAGCGCGGUGGACGGAUCUUAGUGACACCGCCAAAAAAUUGGACUACUGUCAGCUUGUCAUCGGCUGGCUUAUAGGUCUUAUUGAGGCGAAGACGUCGAAAACUUUGGAGCUCGGAUUUGAACCCGGGAGUUACGACGAAAAAAUAGGUGUGGAAUAUCUUCUGAGUUUGACAUUUUCUAAUCAAUUCUUAGUGUCAUACGGGAAAGUGCUUGCCCGAAAGAUUCCGCGGAAGCAUAUUGAUAACAUGCCGGCACCGAGUGCCUCUGAGUUUCGUGCGUUUGCCGCUGAGCUCUCUGACUUCGCGGACGCCUGGGUGGGAAGAGACGACACUCAGUUAAGUACGGCGAUCUCGAUGUGGGAAAAUCCGGAGUUCGACAGCGCGUUGAGGAUGUAG